CGGAGGGCACAUUUGACAGGUUUGCCCCCAGUGAAGGAAAAGGUUUGUGCAAACAAAGUGCGAACAUCUCGUGUUUCUUGCAAAAAUGGACUUUUCCCAGUGAAAAAUUCCGCGUAGAAUGAGCGUUUUCAGUAUUUUCAAGUCCCAGCCUGCGCCUGAAGAGGCCACGGACGUUGCUGACCAGUCUUAUUACGUGGUAUUUUCGGAAUGUGUCAAGGACAGUAUCUUCUGGACAGUGGGCGCCUUCGCGUUCACCGUGAUUAUCGUGUGUCUGUACAGAUGGCGGAAGUGGCAUGUGGAGUCACUGGAGAAGAUUGCCGCCAAGGCGCUGAGGAUAUCUGGCUAUGAGAACACGCCCUAUCGCUUCCGGAAGCGCGACAAAGUGAUGUUCUACGGACGGAGGAUGCUGAGGAAGAUGAAGAGCUUCUCCGACCAGGCGUACAGUGGUCAGGGCAAGAAGCGGAAGGCGGUGAUGCGCUUCGCCAGUCGCAUUCUGCAGAUGCAGAAGGACAACAUGCCGAUGCAGCUGAAAGUGCUCGAGCCUCCGGCUGAGUUCCUGGAGGAGAGUCGCGAGGGGAGUCUCGGGAUGCCCCCAGAUGUGCUGUACAUGCUGCAGAGCAUCAGGAUUUUCGGACACUUCGAGAAGCCCGUGUUCUUCAAGCUGUGCAAAUUCACGGAAGUCAUCAAUUUGCAGGCUGGUGAGUUUCUCUUUAAGAUCGGCGACACGGACGACAGUGUGUACGUGGUGCAGACUGGAAGCGUGAAUGUGUUCAUCAACAAUGCCGAUGGCACGACGAUGUCGCUGAAGAUCAUCCGCAGUGGCGAGUCUGUGACUUCCCUGCUCAGCUUCAUCGAUGUGUUGGCGGGAUGCUCGAGUAUCUACAAGACGGUGACAGCCAGAGCCAUGGAGCCCACGCAGGUCAUCCGGCUGCCCAUGUACGCCUUCAAGGAGGUGUUCGACGAGAGUCCGGACAUUCUGGUGCGCGUGGUGCAGGUGAUUAUGGUGCGACUGGAGAGAGUAACGUUUACGGCGCUGAAGAAUUACUUGGGACUGCAUUCGGAGUUGGUUUAUCACGCGCCCAAGGCGUCCAAGAAGUCCGAGAAGGUGAAGAGCUCUCCUGGCCACAGGAGGACCAAUUCGACGUAUUUGGAGGAAGUGAUGGCUCUCUAUGGUCACUCAGGAGAUCGUCCGGACAUGCUGGCGGAUCUGGCCACCACCGAGUGCGCCACGGGCUCGUGCGGACGGAAGGUGUCAGUGGUGAAGAUGUGCGACGAGAAAUCAAUCCACUAUGUCUACGCGCUGGACAGCUUCGUGCGGGAGCUGGGGCUGCAGGAUGAGGACAAGCACUUGCUGGAGGGAGCGAUGGAGGUGAGGGAGUAUCAGGCGGGAGCCACGAUUAUCCGGGAGGGAGACAACAGUGACAAUGUGUCCAUGAUCUUCCUGCUGAGCGGGAAUCUGCAAGUCUACCAGUACAGAUACACUUAUGCCAAUAGUGGCUCCAUCAAGCAAGAGAACACCGAGAGCCACGUGCAGUCCAUUCAUCCGGGUGAGUUUGACGGAGGACUGGCUGUGAUCACUGGCGAGGCGAGUCUGUACACGAUCAGGGCGAAGCACUUCUCCAGAGUGGCUCUGCUCAGUCGCUCCACAGUGUACAAUGUGAUGCGCGAGAGGCCAAAGACCGUGCUGGACAUUGCCAGCAGUGUGGUGAAGAAGCUCUCGCCUCUCGUGAGGCAGUGCGACUUCGCGCUGGAUUGGAUCUUCCUGGAGUCGGGCAGGGCGGUGUUCAGGCAGGACGAGCCCAGCGACAGCACGUACAUCGUGCUGAGCGGCAGAGUGCGGGCCGUGUCGACGCACGCGAACGGGAAGAAGGAGAUCGUGGGCGAGUACGGCAAGGGAGAUCUUGUGGGGCUGGUGGAGAUGAUCACGGACACCACGAGGACCACAACAGCGAUGGCCGUGAGGGAUUCUGAGCUGGCGAAGCUGCCGCAGGGUCUUUUCAAUGCCAUCAAACUGCGCCAUCCGAUGGUGGUGACGCAGUUGUUCGGGCUCCUGAGUCACAGACUCCUGGGCUCCGUCCAGGGAAGACACUCUCUCGCCAUGGGGCCGCAGUCGGUGGAGCCCAAUCCCAUCAAUCACAGAUACUCAACAGUGGCGAUUGUGCCGGUGAAUGAAAACGUGCCGCUCUCGGCGUUCACGUACGAACUCUAUCACUCACUGUCGGCGAUCGGGCCCACGCUCAGGCUCACGUCGGAUGUGGUGCGCAAGACUCUGGGGGCGAACAUUCUGGACAGCGCCAAUGAGUACAGGCUGACGAGUUGGCUGGCGCAGCAGGAGGACAGGAACCAAAUAGCGAUCUAUCAGUGUGACAACAUCGUCUCGCCGUGGACUCAGCGAUGCUGGCGACAAGCUGAUGUCAUCCUGAUCGUGGGCGUGGGAGAUCACGGUCCUGGCGUGGGCAGCAUGGAGAGGGAGAUCGACAGACUCAUGCUGAGGACGCAGAAGGAACUGGUGAUUCUGCAUCCGGACAAUUCCACCACAAAGCCCACGAACACCGUUCAGUGGCUGAACAUGAGAUCCUGGGUGAUGAAGCAUCAUCACAUUCAGUGCAAGAAGAGGAUGUUCACCAGGAAGAGUCAAUACAGAAUUACGGAAUUGUACAACAAAGUGCUGCAGACGGAGCCCAAUCUGCACUCGGACUUCUCCAGGCUGGCCAGAUGGCUCACGGGCAACUCGGUGGGUCUGGUGCUGGGCGGCGGAGGGGCGCGUGGAGCGGCGCACGUGGGCAUGCUGAAGGCUAUUCAAGAGGCUGGAAUCCCCAUCGAUAUGGUUGGCGGCGUGAGCAUUGGGGCGCUGAUGGGCGCUCUGUGGUGCUCCGAGAAGAACAUCACCACCGUGACGCAGAAGGCCAGGGAGUGGUCAAAGAAAAUGACUCAAUGGGGCCACCAAUUGAUGGACCUCACCUAUCCCAUCACUUCCAUGUUCUCCGGGAGGGACUUCAACAAGACCAUCAGGGACACUUUUGGGGACAUAUACAUUGAGGAUCUGUGGAUUCCCUACUUCACCCUCACCACGGACAUCACGGCGAGUUGUGCUCGUGUUCACACGCACGGAUCUCUAUGGCGCUAUAUAAGGUCAUCAAUGUCCCUCAGUGGCUAUAUGCCGCCUCUGUGCGAUCCCAAAGAUGGACAUCUUUUGCUCGAUGGAGGAUAUGUCAACAAUCUUCCAGCUGAUGUGCUGAGAGCGCAAGGCGCCGCCCAUAUAAUUGCCAUCGAUGUUGGGAGUCAGGAUGAGACCAAUCUGACGGACUAUGGCGACUACUUGUCUGGCUGGUGGCUCAUCUACAAGAAGUUCAAUCCCUUCACAACGCCCGUGAAGGUGCCCAACUUGCCGGACAUCCAGUCACGCCUGGCGUACGUGUCGUGCGUGCGCCAGCUGGAGGAGGUGAAGAGCAGCGACUACUGCGAGUACAUUCGUCCGCCCAUUGAUCAGUACAAGACGCUGGCGUUCGGCCAGUUCGAUCACAUCAAGGACGUGGGCUAUGCCCAUGGCAAGGAGGUGUUCGAGAAGAUGACCAAGUCCGGCCGGAUUUCGCUCUUCAACCAGUGGUAUCCGCAAGAGAGUGGCGUGCAGAAGGCCACGCCGCACUCGCUCAACGAGUACACAUUCACGGAUCUGGCGCAGAUCGUGUGCCGCGUCCCGGCGACGUACACCGAGAACCAGUACUCAUCCAGUGACGAGGAUGUGUACUUCGACGGGUACAUCUCAGAGCCGUCCAGCCUGUAUCCCAUGGGGAAGCCGCUCAAUCUCAAGCGCACGGGCGGAUCGCUGUCGCUGUCGGAGAACGAGAUGGACUCGGACGAUUUGGAGGUGCCGACGCUGCUGCAGCUGAGCGGGAAGACCAAAGAGCGACUGGAGUCGCAGGAGUUCGAGAAGCGCAAGGCCACCGAGGAGUCACCGAAGAAGUCACAGUGAGAAGAGCCAGAAGAUGCAUAAAUAUAAAGAGGGAGUUUAUUUUGAAGGAAAUGACAGAGAGAGAUUUGUACA